AUGGGCGCACUGUUCACGGGAACCUGCGGGCUGCUGAGUGCUUUCCUUGCCAAUGCUGCAUGGCACCUCCCCUUCAACACCCAUCACCCUCAUCCGUUCCCCCUCUCCCCCCCUCGUACCACCAGCGCUCCGCUCUGCAUUUUUUUGUCCCACACCGGAUUCUGGCCCACUGACCCAAGCGACACCAAAGUGACAUCACUAUCAUGGGCCACUCGGCUGUUUACACUUUCCCCCUCCCCGCACCCCUCUCCCUCCUCCCCCCUCUCUUCCGCCCCUCGUAGCUGCGCACCUUCUUCUGCCCCACCGACUCCCACCCCUAUGGCACUUCUCUUCCACAGGGGCAGUUCUCUUCCACAAGGGCAGUUCUCUUUCACAGGGGCAGUUCUCUUCCGCAGGGGCAGUUCUCAUCCGCAGGGGCAGUUCUCUUUUGCAGGGGCAGUUCUCUUUUGCAGGGGCAGUUCUCUUCCGCAGGGGCAGUUCUCUUCCGCAGGGGGAGUUCUCUUCCGCAGGGGCAGUUCUCUUCCGCAGGGGAAGUUCUCUUCCGCAGGGGCGGUUCUCUUCCGCAGGGGCGGUUCUCUUCCGCAGGGGCGGUUCUCUUCCGCAGGGGCCGCAGGGGCAGUUCUCUUCCGCAGGGGCAGUUCUCUUCCGCAGGGGCAGAUCUCUUCCGCAGGGGCAGUUCUCUUCCGCAGGGGCAGUUCUCUUCCGCAGGGGCAGUUCUCUUCCGCAGGGGCAGUUCUCUUCCGCAGGGACAGUUCUCUUCCCCAGGGGCAGUUCUCUUCCUCAGGGGCAGUUCUCUUCCACAGGGGCAGUUCUCUUCCACAAGGGCAGUUCUCUUCCACAAGGGCAGUUCUCUUCCAGAGGGGCAGUUCUCUUCCACAGGGGCAGUUCUCUUCCACAGGGGCAGUUCUCUUCCACAGGGGCAAAUCUCUUCCACAGGGGCAGUUCUCUUCUACAAGGGCAGUUCUCUUCCACAGGGGCAGUUCUCUUCCACAGAGGCAGUUCUCUUCCAUAGGGGCAGUUCUCUUCCACAAGGGCAGUUCUCUUCCACAGGGGCAGUUCUCUUCCACAGAGGCAGUUCUCUCCUCACCCUGCGACCCCUCCCCGUCCUCCACGCCUUCUCUGUCACAGCGCAAUGCGUGUUGCUACUUUCCCGCUGAAAUUGUUGCACAUGCUCUCAACAUGUGUUACGUCAAUGCCACACUGCAAGCCCUCGCGUCCUUUCCGCCCAUCCUCUCCCACCUCCUCCACUUCACCCUCCUCUCUUCGCUCGCCCGCUCCUCUUUUCUCCGCCUAGCCAUCACCACUGAUUUCCGGUGGCUGGCGUGGCAAAUGCUGAAAGAGAGCGGUGAGGAGAAGUUUUUCUGUCUCUCACUUCCCAUCUCCUCCUACCCCGUGUCUCCUGCACCUCACUCCACCACUGCUGGAUCUGCAGCUCCUGCUGCUCCUGCUGGCUCUACUGCUAGUGCACGCAGCAGCAGAGGUACCAGAGGCGAUGAUACCGAUCCCAGUGCUGCUGGCACUGAUCGCGGUGUUGCCGCCUCUCUCACUCACCAUCCGCUCUUCGUUGCAAAAUCUAUUCCAGGGUGCCUCAUGCUGCAACCAACCAGCCCAGCCUCCUCUCGCUCACCCGCUUCUCCUCCUGUGCCUGCUGCUGGGGCUUCGUCUAUCAACCCCUUCUCACUGCCAAAUGCAGCAGCCAGGCACGUGGAAGGGCAGCUGGUUGAGAAGGUGGAGGCGCAGCUGGUUGGGAGAAGAAAUUUGGACAGAGAGGGGAAGGAAGAAGAGCGAGAUGAGGGGCAAGUGCCGGAAGGCGAGGGUUGGGAGUGUGAAGAGGAGAAUAAAGAGGUGGAGGAGGAUUGGGCGGAGCUGCUGGAAGGAGCGGCUGGUGUGAUUGGGGAGGGCGCACGCGCGAGUGCGACACCGCUAGCAUAUCUCAGCAAGUCUAGCGAGCGGUCUGCUCCGCUGUAUCUAGCCCCUUUCCCGCUCACUUCCUUCCCUUUGUCCCACUCACUUGUGUCGCUGCGCACCUUCUUCUGCCCCACCGACUCCCACCCCUAUGGCACGUCCGCACUGUUCACCUCCACAGUAGCACGCCAGAGGCUACUGACGUGGCAGAGUUCUCUUCCACAGGGGCAGUUCUCUUCCACAGGGGCAGUUCUCUUCCACAAGGGCAGUUCUCUUUCACAGGGGCAGUUCUCUUCCGCAGGGGCAGUUCUCAUCCGCAGGGGCAGUUCUCUUUUGCAGGGGCAGUUCUCUUUUGCAGGGGCAGUUCUCUUCCGCAGGGGCAGUUCUCUUCCGCAGGGGGAGUUCUCUUCCGCAGGGGCAGUUCUCUUCCGCAGGGGAAGUUCUCUUCCGCAGGGGCGGUUCUCUUCCGCAGGGGCGGUUCUCUUCCGCAGGGGCGGUUCUCUUCCGCAGGGGCCGCAGGGGCAGUUCUCUUCCGCAGGGGCAGUUCUCUUCCGCAGGGGCAGAUCUCUUCCGCAGGGGCAGUUCUCUUCCGCAGGGGCAGUUCUCUUCCGCAGGGGCAGUUCUCUUCCGCAGGGGCAGUUCUCUUCCGCAGGGACAGUUCUCUUCCCCAGGGGCAGUUCUCUUCCUCAGGGGCAGUUCUCUUCCACAGGGGCAGUUCUCUUCCACAAGGGCAGUUCUCUUCCACAAGGGCAGUUCUCUUCCAGAGGGGCAGUUCUCUUCCACAGGGGCAGUUCUCUUCCACAGGGGCAGUUCUCUUCCACAGGGGCAAAUCUCUUCCACAGGGGCAGUUCUUUUCUACAAGGGCAGUUCUCUUCCACAGGGGCAGUUCUCUUCCACAGAGGCAGUUCUCUUCCAUAG